ACAAGCUUCUUCUUUCACAAUGUCUUCCUCGUCCGACUCUUCUCCAUCUGGUGGACAAGUAGCCGCCGCGAUAAUUUUGAACUUGGUGGUACUUGGGAUCAUCAUAGCAAUCUGUUGUUACUGUGCAAAGAGAGCCAAAAGAACUAUAGUGAAUGAUUUGCGGAACGUAGUUGCUCUGCCGGUGAGUCAACCCCAUCAUGUGGUUCAAGUUUUGGAGUUUGAUGCACCCACCAUGGAGAAGUUCCUACAAGAGUUGGCGAGGGAUAAGCCGGUGAGAUUUACUGUUCAGCAGCUUUGUGCAUUCACGAGCAAUUACUCGACUAAGUUGGGAUCUGGGGGAUUUGGUGUAGUCUACAAAGGGCAGUUCCCGAAUGGGGUCAAGAUUGCAGUCAAGGUGCUCGAGAGAAGUUCUGAGAGAGCAGCAGAGGAGCAGUUUAUGGCGGAGGUCGGCACAAUUGGAAGAACAUACCAUAUUAAUCUGGUUAGACUAUAUGGUUUUUGCUAUGAUCACGAUGUGAGUGCGCUUGUAUAUGAAUUCAUGGAAAAUGGAUCACUUGAUAAAUACUUGUUUGGGGAAAAGGGGAUGAUUGAGUGGGAAAAAUUACAAGAAAUCGCAACAGGGACGGCCAAAGGUAUUGCUUAUUUGCAUGAAGAAUGUCAACAAAGAAUCAUUCACUAUGAUAUAAAGCCUGCAAAUGUACUCCUUGAUGCAAACUUUUCCCCUAAAGUUGCUGACUUUGGGCUCGCAAAGUUUUGCAAUAGGGAUCUUACCCAUGUUUCAAACAUUGGGUAUAGGGGAACUCUGGGUUACUCUGCCCCAGAAUUAUUGUUGAAGAAUUAUCCCAUAACUUACAAAUGUGAUGUGUACAGUUUUGGAAUGUUGUUGUUUGAGAUUGUUGGGAGGAGAAGAAACACAAUUGUGAGUUCACCUGAAAGCUUUGAUUGGUUUCCUAAACAUGUAUGGGAAAAAUACGAGAAAGGUGAAUUGGCUGAAAUGACAAAGACUUGUGGGAUUGAAGAAAAGGAUAGAGGAAAAGCAGAGAGAAUGUCCAUGGUAGCAUUAUGGUGUGUUCAAGACUCACCUGAGGCAAGGCCACCAAUGAGUGCAGUGGUGAAAUGGCUAGAAGGAGGAGUGGACAUCAUGCCACCUCCUAAACCCUUUCAUUAUUUGUACGCAAGGGAAAUGAAUAUGCUCAAGCCUACUGCAACUGCAACUGGUUCGAGUUUCUCCCCAAGUGAAGAAUCUAAUUCUUGUUGGUAUAAAGAGACCACACCUAUCAUGACCAAGUAUGAAAUACAAAUGGCUAGUUGUUGACCAUACUAAAAUCUAAAUUUCAGCAAGUCAAUGUACAUUUUGUGAUGAUGUUUUUAUAUAAAGUUUCUUACAUUUCAUUUACCAGAAUCUUGAUAUUCAUGUCAAGAGAAGGGUUUGGACUUAAAUCCUUAUGUUCAUGAUGAGAAAAGGAUGUUUAGCUUAAAAGACUAAGCAAAGCAAAUCUUAUGAGUGAUUCUAUGUAAUCAACUUACAUUUUAAAG